UGACAUCUCCAAAGUCAGAGCUCAUCCAUCCCGUUGAAAUGACUGAACCCAGCGCAGCUACAAACGGCGUACGCGGCGAUGACGGCGUCGAGACGGCAAGCCGCGGCUCGGCCCGUCAUGGCAGUGAAACGAAGAAGAAGAAGCCCUUUGAAAAUGUGUUGAUCGUAGGCGCCGGCCCCGCGGGGCUCCUCCUGGCCAUACUCCUCGCGCGGAGCGGCAUCCCGUCCACCGUCCUCGAGGCGUGGGACCGGCCGGACGAGCGCCUCCGCGCGACGCAGUACGGCGUGCCCGCCACGCGCGUCUUCCGCCGCGCCGGCCUCCUCGACGACAUGCGCGCCCGGGGCAUCGACAGCUUCCCCUACAUAUGCUGGCGGAGCGCCCGCACGGGCGAGCGCAUCGCCGGCAUAGACCUCUCCGUCGUCGCCGACGAGCCGGACCGCAUGACGGUGCUGCCGCUCAGCCAGAUGCUCGACAUCAUGGUGCGCCACUGCAGGGAGAGGUACGCCGAGCACGUCACCCUGCUCUUCAACCACAAGGUGGAGCGCGUAGGGCAGGAUGAUGCCGGCGCCUGGGCCGAGGUUCGCUUGUUGGGCGGCGGCGGCGAGGAGGAGGAGGGGGGGCGGACGACGACGACGGCGGCGGCGGAUCGUGUCGUUAGGUUUGGCGCCGACUACCUCGUCGGCUGCGAUGGCAGCAAGAGCACCGUUCGUCAGUGCUUGUUCCAGAGGCACUGGCCAGGAGAGACGUUUGCGGGCCAGCUGCUCGUCCAAAAUGUAUACUACAAAGGCUUCGAGGAGCACGGCUGGGACGGCGGCAACUACAUGAUAGACGACGAGUUCUGGGGCCUCAUCGCCAAGCGCGGCAAGGCCAACAACAGCAGCAACAGCACCACCAACGGCCCCCUCUGGCGCGUCACCUACGGCGACCUACGCUCGGCCGCGGACGAAAUCUCCGAGGAGGAGCACAUCCGCCGUCGCGCCGCCGCCUUCAAGAAGCUUCUCCCCGGCCACCCCGACCCGUCGCAGUACACCGUCACGCAGACGAGCCGCUUCCGCAUCCACAACCGGUGCGUCGACGCGAUGCGCGUAGGCCGCGUCCUCCUCGCCGGCGACGCGGCGCACGUCUGCAACCCCUUUGGCGGCUACGGCUGCAUGGCCGCCGUGCUGGACGUGGACGGCCUGGCGGACUGUCUCGUCGGCGUGUACGAGGGUAAAGCCGCGGCGGACGGGGGAACGGCGGAGGGUGCGGAGGGUGCGGAGGGGAAGGAGGGGAAGGAGGAAGGGAAGGAGGGGAUACUCGAUGCGUACGCGCGCAUACGCAGGCAAAAGUUUGUCGAUUUCGUGGACAGGCGGUCGCGCAAGAAUAUGGAUCGCAUAGCCAGGACGGACCCGGACACGGCGCUGGAGACGGACCCUUUCCUGCGCUUGCUCAAGUCGAUGGAGGGCAAUGCGGAGAGGACCAAGGAAUUCCUGCUGAAGGUCAGCAGCAUCGAGUUUGACUUUACUACGCUGUACAGCAAGACGGGAGCCGAGGAGGAGUAAGAUAUGCAGGUAGGCUCGUAAGGCGGGCCUACCGGCUCCGAGUCACCUGGCCUGGCCUCUCGCCGAGUGAAGUAGUACACGCGUAGCCAUCAAUAGGGUCCUGCUACGCUUCAGUCUACGAUGCAGCGGGCGUUGGGCAUAUG